CCUCCUUACAUUCUCUUGAAGUCUGUGACGAUGGGAGACACGACAGAACAGCGGGAGACGUGGUGUACCAACACACAUGCAUGAAGAGAUGCCCAAGGAAAAAAACGUCUUACAAGUUAAUCUUCAAGACUGGGAGCAGUUCCAGAGCUGACCUCACUGUAGGCAUAACUGGGCGGUGUGGACGAGUCAGUGUUGCACUGAAGAAUGGGAUAGACAUCACACUACGGAAGAGACGCCGUAGUACAUUCACGUUUGUUGACGAUUCUGUCUGUGGACUAAAGGACAUUGGACUUGCAUUUUCUUAUCGAUGCCACAGGGAUGACUGGUUCGUUGCAUACGUUGUAGUGGAGUAUGAAGAGAUUGCCACAGGCAACAUGGACAGAGUGAAGUUUGAGACAAACUGCUGGCUGAGUGCAAAAACAGAACACGGGCCAACAACUGGAAUAGAAUGUCACAAUAUGCCUCCUUUAUUUACAAUGCUUGUCGACCUACCUGGUUAUACUAAAUGCCAACCUUCUCACAAAUGUGAACAUUGAAUACAGAUAUAACUCUGCCUUUUCCGUAAACGGUCAAGGUGUUCUUCAUAAUUACUCUAAAUGGUAAUGAUAUUUACAACCGUAACUUCUAUCACUAAAACAUGGUAGCAUGAAUAAAAUCGCCUGCAGUAGGU